AUAUUACUUUUAGCUAUCUAUUUUACUCUGAACAAUUACAAUUUAUGGAAUUUACUUUCAACUUAGAAUAUUUUAUAAGACAUCAAGUUUCAAAUUUGGAUUUCUCUCCUCAAGAAUUUUUAGAAUCUGUUCACGAAUUAGUGGACCUUCCUCAAGAAGUAAUGAAUUCCCCUUAUAAUGUAGUGAACUCCUAUCAAGGAUUAGCAAAUUCUUUUCAAGAUUUAAUGUACUCCUCUCAAGAAGUAUUAUGUGAUAUAAUGCAUGAUAAAAUAUGUAAUGAAAUGCGUAAUAGAACAUAUAAUGAAGUAUAUGAUGAAGUGCAUGAUGAAAUGUGUGAUGAAAUGCAUAAUGGAACAUAUGAUGAAGUGCAUGAUGAAAUGCAUGAUGAAAUGCAUGAAAUCCAUAAAGGACAAGAUUUGGUUGGAAUUAAUGGUCUAUUACCUCAUAUUAACAAAGCAAUUGUAUUUACUAUUGAUGAUACUUUUCCUAACUGGCCAAUUGCAGAGCAUUAUAUUGCUGAAUAUGGCUGUUCUAAAAAACUUAACUGUAAUUGGAAAGUUAAUUUGUCAUUUGCAACUGGUGUAGUUCAUAUCACUCAUUUUAAUGAUAACCAUGUUGAGCAUCAACUUUCACCAGAUACCAAAAUUUUUGCUCCUGUAAAUCGUCGAUUCUCUGAUGAUUGUUGCGAAGAAAUUCGCCAUUUAGCAGUAAACGGUCGGUGUGACCUUUCGACAAUACGAUCUCUUCUAUCUGUUAAAUAUCCCGACCAGCUUUUCUUAACACGUGAUCUUGCAAAUGUUGUAGCUCAAUUACGACGAGAACAUAAUGUGGAAAGAAGUGAAGCAUCACAGCUUUUAAAACAGCUUUAUGAAUUUAGAGAAAAGAAUCCUAAUUGGUAUAUUGAAUCCUUAGUAAUGGGGCAAUUAAAAAAAGCAACUGGAAUUUUUUCAAGAAUUUUAAUGGCAGAUAAAAAUCUUUCCAUGAAAUAUGUUGUAGCUUAUGAUCUUCCAGAUACUAAACAUUUAUUUUGUUUGUAUCAUUUAAGUCAAAAUCUUUCAAAAAAUCUUUGUAGUAAGCUUGGCAGGCAGUAUGCCAAUUUUAUUAAAGAUUUUUAUUCGACGCGUAAUAGUUUAAAUGAAAGUGUAUUUGAGGCUAAAUUAACAAAUCUUUUAAAUAAUUAUUCGGCUACAUCUUCGUAUCUACAAAAGCUAUUUUUAAGUAAAGAAUCGUGGGCAUGUGCUCAUACAUUUAAAAUUUUUACUGGUGGAAUGCAAUCAACUCAGAGAGUUGAAGAACUUAAUAAUCACAUCAAAACUGCUAUAAAUAGUUCAUCAACUUUAUUGCAAGUAAUGGAAACAAUACACCAACACAUUGAGCGUGAAAGUCUUAGUCAACGUUUUAAUUCGUGGUCUCAGGACCAAAUUAAUUAUAAUGAUAAUCUCGUUUUACAGACUGUUUUUCCACAAGUCGUUUAA